AAACAGAGGAUGCAUAGAAGAACAAGGAACCACUAAGAAUUCCGCCACCGCCACCGCCGCAACGACGAAGCUCCGGGAUCGAAACCCUCACCGCAGUCGGCAUCACCAUCGCUGCAUCUAAACCUUUGACGGCCUGGGGUGAUGGAGGAGAAGGGGCGGGCGCUGAGAUCCGAGGCGUCAGGAGAUUCAAGCUGGGCUUUCGCCGGCGAUGGGGCCGGAAUUUCAUCGCCGAGCUACUUCCACGAUGGAGAGAGUAGUCUUUUGAGCGAGUUCGGAUGGAGUAUUCCUCUCGAAUCAAGCGGCGUCUCCGGCAUGGAUCUCAUCGACCCCCCUCCUCCGACCUUGAUCCAUGCCUUGUCACCACGAUCGGCGGCUGGAUCCGGUGAUGCGGCGUCUUCAAGCUCCAGUGAUGACACCGCUCCUCCACCUCCUCCGCCCAGAGGCUCAUCGGAGCCCGGCGAGAAAUCGGCUUCUGAGACGCCAAGUAAAGCGACUAAAAAAGGACAAAAGAGAACACGUCAACCCAGAGUUGCAUUCAUGACUAAGAGUGAUAUAGAUCAUCUUGAAGAUGGUUAUAGAUGGAGAAAAUAUGGGCAGAAAGCUGUUAAAAAUAGCCCUUUUCCAAGGAGUUACUACAGAUGCACAAACAGCAAAUGCAUGGUGAAAAAAAGAGUCGAAAGAUCAUCGGAAGACCCGGGAAUUGUGAUCACAACAUAUGAAGGCCAGCAUUGCCACCACUCAGUCACAUUUCCACGAGGCGGCGGAGCCGGACACAUUCACGGUGCCGCCGCCCUCGCAACUCAACUGGCUACCUCAUCAAUCCCCCACAUCUAUUACCCUCCAAUCUCAUUCCCUCAAAACAAUUCAAUUCAUCCAGUGCAACUCCUUCAACUUCCACAUGAAGAAGUACAUGAUAGUCCUACUUUAAUUGAGAGAGUUUCUGCUAAUUCUCCUCCAACUGAUCAAGGCCUUUUAGGUGACAUUGUUCCUCCAGGAAUGAGAAACAGAUAAGAAUUCACACUCUAAUUACAAGGUAUACUUCUCAUAUAUAUAUAUAUAUAUAUAUGAAGAGUAGGUUAAUUAAUUAAGAAUGCUAACUUGAAGUAUAAGCUUAUAAUUAAGUUUUUAUAAUAUCUGUUUGAUGUUCAUGAUGGUAGUAGAGGUUGCAUUGAAUGCAGAUAUAGACAUGAAUUUGAUCCUCAGUAGCAGUUCAAAGAGUUUCUACCUUUAUUUAUACCUUUUUUUCUUUUUCUUUUUUUUUUUUUAUUAUUUUUGUUUUUGUUGCAUUAAAAUUAGAAUGUAUUAAUUCAGAGUUUCAAAUUGAUGUUUUCCUUCAUUCAUGGUGGUGGUAGUAGUAGUAGUUCUACUGAGCGCUACGUCAUGCUUUGUUGUAACCCUAAUCUUAUUGCCACGUGGCAUCUUGAGAUUUUUUCCCUCGUUUCUCUGUUAUUUUAUAUUAUUAUUAUUAUUUUAUUUAAAAGAAAAACUUAGGGCAUUGAUUGGGUAGAGGAAUGGCGACAAGAACGGCGCGUUGCGUGUUGAAAAGCUUGUCGGUAGCUUACGUCACGCCGGUGAAACCGUGAUUUGAUCUGUACCGUUCGUUGGAUCUGUGAUCAAGUCGACUUGGCCUUUUUCAUUUAAAUUUUAUUUUUUAAUUAUUUUUUCCAGAAAAUAUGAAUAAAAUUAUUUUCCUAAUAAACCUUAAAAAAAUAAAAACCAACCAUAGGUUCAAUUCGAUGGACUUUUUCAUUAAUUAUAUUAAAAUACAUUUAUCUUCUUGAUGUAGAAUGAUGUAGAUAUCUUGUAAAUGAUAUAUCAAGUUAAAACAAAUUUUCUUUUUUUUUUAAAAAAAAAACUAAUAAAGUCUUAUAUGUACAUGAGUAUAACAUUAGUAUUUUUAUUUAAAAUUCAAAUUUAAUAAAAAAAAAGUAUGAUGUCUUGACGAUAUUAAUUUCAGGAGCUCAUUGGCACAAAGUCAUCUGUGUAAAGUGUUUGUCUAGUAAGAUGAGAGCACUAUUGUAUUGAGUAAUUAACUCCAUUUUUUGCAUAUCCGUGACACGUGAUUCGUCUGGAUUCUAUUAAAAAUAGGUGUAAAUAUCAAAAUU